AUGGCGGUGAAGAAGAAAAUCUCAUGGCGAUCAUUAGUCGCUGGUUGCUUAGGAGAUCCAGAAACCAUAAUGGUUCCUUCGAAAAAACCCAAGAGUAAAGAUGACGUCAUCAAGAAACAGAGCUCGUUUCAGAGACUAUCGAUUCUUGAUUUAAGCAACCCGAGUUCGACUACUUUAUCAGAAGAUCUAUCGAUUUCUCUCGCCGGAUCCGACCUGCACAAAUUUAGCCUCGCUGAGCUUAAAGUCAUUACACAAAGCUUUUCUUCUACGAAUUUCCUCGGUGAAGGAGGGUUUGGUCCUGUUCACAAAGGAUUCGUCGAUGAUAAGCUUCGUCCAGGUCUUAAAGCUCAACCUGUAGCUGUAAAAUUGCUGGAUCUUGAAGGUCUUCAAGGUCACCGUGAAUGGCUGGUUAGAUAUUCGGCGUCGCUUCCAUGGUCGACGAGGAUGAAGAUCGCUCAUGGAGCUGCAACAGGUCUUCAAUUUCUCCACGAUGCAGAAAAUCCCGUAAUCUAUCGCGAUUUCAAAGCCUCCAAUAUCUUGUUAGAUUCGGUAAGCAAAAAGCCGAGCGACGUGUACAGCUUCGGAGUCGUGCUACUCGAGCUUUUGACGGGACGGAGAUCAGUGGACAAGAAGAGAUCUUCAAGGGAACAGAACCUUGUGGAUUGGGCUCGUCCAAUGCUCAACGACGCUCGUAAGUUGAGUCGAAUCAUGGACCCAAGACUUGAAGGUCAGUACUCAGAAACAGGAGCAAAGAAAGCAGCAACUUUGGCUUACCAAUGCUUGAGCCAUCGACCCAAGAACCGGCCUUGUAUGAGUGCCGUUGUCUCUAUCCUCAACGAUCUUAAGGACUACAACGAUAUUCCCAUGGGGACAUUCACUUACACGGUACCAAACACACCGGAAAAGUCACUCUCCGACAAUAGAGAAGACGAAGGUCGUGUUAGGGAAAGUAAUAAGCCUCGUAAGAGUCAUCAUCAUCGAGAGAGUAAUCAUCACCCGACUGCUAAAUCUCUGACGGCUAACUCUCCGAGGACUAAAUCUCCGACAGCUAACUCUCCGAGAACUAAAUCUCCGACGGCUGAGUCGCCGGGGGGAGGAAACCACCGGAGAACUUUGAGAAAUGGAUUGAAUUCGCCUAUGAGAAGUGAGGCUGGUGGGGAACGGUACUAA